CCGGUUGGAGGACCCGGGAUCGCGGACCGUGAAGCCGGGCUCGGUGUCCGGGCUGUGAGACGUUAACUCGGGUGUGGAAAUGACUGCCAGCAAAGCACCAGAGCCCGACACGGCUGGAUUUUGUUAUAUAACUGAGUGACAGACAUGCCUUUCACUCUUAAUGACCUCAGCACUGACGAUACGAUACCCUUUGACUAUUUUUGGGGUUUUUUUUAAAGUUUUAUAUACGCUUUAGAAAACUCACGGACGCUCCAAUAGUUAUAGUUGUCUUUUGCUCUAAUAGUAUAGUGCCCCCCCCCCGCCCUUAGCAUAUUAGUUUCAAGUUUCUUUUUUGACCGGAGGGGAAAAAAAAAUGUGAGUUGCAUUUAGGGAAGUUUAGGUUAGAUAUUAGGAAAAGCUCUCGCAAGGAGGGUAGAAAAGCACCGGCACAGGUUACCGGAGCGGUUGUGAAGAGGGAAUGUGGUGCCGCAACGUUUCCACACAGACGGGUGAGGUCCUGGAUCCCAGGCAUCAAAUCUAAAGCGUUUCCUAGUGUCUAGGGUCCGAAGGGACCUGAACGGAUCAUGAAGUCCGACCCCCUGCCCUGGGCUCCUAGGAGCGAGUGCUGGGAUCGUUGCACAACAGAUUGACCCAGAAGCCAUAGUACAGCGCUUUCGCGUGGGUUGCCUUAACUUGCACAUUUGGCUGUGGAAGGAGCUGGAAGAAAUUGGUAAAUAGCGAAAGACUGGUCUCUCCUAAAAGAAAAAGGGAAAGUUGUGGGGAUGCUCGUGGAUCGAAAAAACAAACAGCUCCAGGAACUGAGUGCUAGCAUCCAAGAAAGUACCGCAGACAACCGAUGACUUUGAAGAGGAAAAGCCUAUUUUGAGGAGGAGUGUCUCAAAGGCCCCCAGUGGAAAGAAGAAGAAGAAAGAAGAUGGUGACACUAGAGUUUACAGUCCAGCAACUAGAGCUACAAGCCAAAAAGAAUCAAAGUCAAGAGGAAAGGGGAAAAAUAACAAAGCUAUAAAAAAUGAAGGAAAUCCUAAAGAGGAGGAAAUGUGCAGUGGUUUACCAAGCCCCUCUGGGAACGGGAAGAGUUUGAAGAGAGAAUCCACUGUUAAAAAAGAGAUGGAUGAAAACAACGAUGGCAGCAAUGAUGAUGAAAGUGAGGAUGAAUGGGAGGAUGUGGAAGAACUCCAAGAGACAGUUCCAGAUAAAUCAGAAGAAGCUGUUGGUCUUCCUGCACUGGUGCUGUCCGGCAAACCAGUUGAAAUAGAGAUUGAAACUCCACAGCAAGCAAAACAAAGAGAGCGAAGAGAGAAGAGGAAAACUGAAUUUGAGACCUAUCUGCGGAGAAUGAUGAAACGUUUCAACAAGGAGGUUCAUGAGGAUACGCACAAGGUUCAUCUCCUAUGCUUGCUAGCCAAUGGUUUCUAUAGAACCAGAAUCUGCAGCCAGCCUGAUCUUCAAGCUAUUGGCCUUUCCAUCAUUCCUAACCACUUUACCAAAGUACCUGCUGGCCGGGUAGAUGUUCUCUAUCUCUCCAACUUGGUGAAAUGGUUUGUUGGAACCUUCACUAUCAACACUGAGCUCUCUGUUGAAGAUGGGGAGAACAUGCAGUGCAUCUUAGAAAGGCGCUUUGCCAUCUAUGCCGCACGAGAUAAUGAAGAGAUGAUUCAUAUAUUUUUAAUUAUUCUCCGAGCUUUACAGCUGCUCUGCCGACUUGUGCUGUCUCUCCAGCCCAUUCCUCUGAAGGAGGUGGCAGGAAAGGGGAAGAGCUCCUCUAAGAGGCCCUCUGUAAGUGGCAUGACAAAAGAGCAGGAGGGCUCUGCUAGAAAUCCUAAAAAAAGCUCUGGCCCAAGAGCUAAGCAAAAGGAGGCACUCUUAGACAAUGCAGGAGCAGAUAAGAAACCCAAGAAAUCGGACAUCCCUGGUAUUAAAAGGGCGAGUAAGUCAAAAAUGGCUAAGCAUGUCCAGGAACAGAAGGAAUCAAGUGCUGAGGAAGGCAGCCCAGGAGAAAAAGAAGAAGUGCUAAGGACCAAAAAUAAUCGCCGAAGAAGUGUAGCCUCAAAAGUGUCUUACAAAGAGGAGAGUGGAAGUGGUGGGGACAGUGAUUCAGAGUUUGAGGCUUCACAGGAAGAGAGUAGUGUCUCCGAUGAGGAUUUUGAAAUUGUUCCUAGAAAACAGAGGAGGUCAUCAGGGCCCCAGAAACCAGGGGUCACAGUCAAAAGCUGCAGGAAAGCUGGGCCUUUAGAAUCAAAGCUACCCAAGAAUUCAGGUGAAGCUGAGCAUGCAUUGGCAAAAAAGGCUUCCUCGGGCUCUUUUAAUUCACCCAAGAAAAGGAACAAAAUAAUUUCUACUGAUGAGGAUGAUAUGGAGCCGGAGAUGGUGAAAGUGACAAGCACAGACCAAUGGCUUGAGGUUUUUGUGGAGCGGGAAGACAAGUGGGUCUGUGUGGACUGUGUUCAUGGCACUGUCAAUCAGCCCCAGCUCUGCUUCAGAUAUGCCACAAAGCCAGUGUCCUACAUUGUGGGGAUUGACAAUGAUGGGUGCGUAAAGGACAUCACACAAAGGUAUGACCCUGCAUGGAUGACCUUGACGAGGAAGUAUCGCGUGGACCCUGAGUGGUGGGAAGAAACUUUGCAGCCAUAUAAGAGCCCCUUUGUGGAAAGAGACGAGAAGGAAGAAAUGGAGUUUCAAGUUAAGCUUCAAGAUCAGCCCCUGCCGACAGCCAUUGGAGAGUACAAAAAUCACCCUCUUUACGCACUAAAGAGGCAUCUUCUGAAAUACGAGGCCCUCUAUCCUGAGACAGCUGCUAUUUUAGGCUACUGCAGAGGAGAAGCUGUGUAUUCCAGGGACUGUGUGCACACGCUGCACUCAAGAGACACCUGGCUAAAGCAAGGGCGAGUAGUGAGGAUCGGAGAAGUGCCCUACAAGAUGGUGAAAGGAUAUUCCAACCAGGCGAGGAAGGCACGACUGGCAGAGCCCGCCAACCGAGAUAAAGACGACUUGGCUCUGUUUGGCUUAUGGCAGACAGAGGAGUACCAGCCUCCUGUGGCCGUGGAUGGAAAGGUGCCCCGGAAUGAAUAUGGAAACGUUUACCUCUUCCUGCCCCGUAUGUUACCAGUAGGCUGCGUGCAGCUAAAGCUUCCUAACUUGAAUAGAGUGGCACGGAAACUGGGCAUCGACUGUGUUCAAGCCAUCACUGGAUUUGAUUUUCAUAGCGGCUAUUCACAUCCGGUCACUGAUGGCUACGUAGUCUGUGAAGAAUACAAAGAGGUGCUUGUUGCAGCCUGGGAGAAUGAACAAGCAGAGAUGGAAAGGAAGGAGAAGGAGAAACGAGAGAAGAGAGCGCUGGGGAACUGGAAACUGAUGGUGAAAGGACUUCUCAUAAGGGAGAGAUUGAAGCAACGCUACUGCAAUAAGAGCGAGACCUCUAGGAUGGAAAAAGGAGCUGGAUUUUCUUCUGAUGAAGAGGAAGGGCCAAGUUCAGAGACUCCAGCAGAGGAUGUGGCUGCUUUUUGGCCUCUAAAUCGACAAGUGGAGAAACAGUUUGAAGAGAAGAAAGUCAGAAAGAGCAAGCGGGAAAAGAAAGGAGAAGCGGCACAUUUGUUUCCCUUUGAGAAGUUAUGAACAGAACAGACCUUUCUUUGCAUUUGGUUUCCAGAUGCAAGGAGGAGGUGCUUGUUUUCUUCCUUGUAAAUAAUUACCGAGUGUGGAAGUAUGUUUGACACUUUCCACUAGCUUGGGUUUGAAUGAGGAGUCUUAGUUGUAUAAAUACAGCAGUGAGGAGAUAUGGUUGUGUAUAAAAAAUAUAUCACGCGAGCUUAAUGGCCCAGUAAGAGUCUUCAGCUCUCUUGUGUUUGCAUUUCUGAAGACACAAAAAUAAUACAAAGACCUUCUCUCCAAUCUAGCAUCAAGAGCUGUCUUAAACGACAAACUGGAUCCAUUUUAUCCCCACUUGUUUUGGAGUUAUGGGUAAGUGCAUUAUCCUUUUCGUCCAGGGAGUUUUGAAGACCAGAUCUAUAGAUUAUCUUCUGAGAAGAGUGACCUACUGCAGGUAUUUUUUCCCUUUAGCCAUGUAUUGUCACCACCCAGUUUAUUGUUGCAUCUUUUUUGGCCUGUCUCCUUCCCCUAGUUUUGCUUGUUUGUUAGAGAACAUAAGCAACUGCUGUUAAGUGAUACCAGGUAUGCUAUUAUUACAGUUCUGGAGGCAACCCCCUAGUAGAGUCUCAAAUGAACAGUAUAAUAGAAUGUUUACUCCUAUCAUCACAAAAGUGCAAAUGUCUUCUAUAGGCCUUUAAGAACCUGGAGGAGUCUUAACUUUUACUUCCUAGUGAACUCAGGUCCUUUUGAGAACUUGAUUUUAUUUUUCAAGUCUUAAAUCAUCCCUUCCAUCAGCUCUUUUGUGGGAAAAGAAAAAGCACCUCAUGUUUGAGUCUUGUCCUCACUUUUGGAUACUAUCAUGUUGUAAUUCUUAAGUUUUGGAGGGAGGAGUUAUGUCAUUUUAACUCAUUUGGAAGUACAGUAACUGUACCUCUACUGCUGAGUCACUCUUCCUUCAGGUCAGUUUUGAUAAUGAAAGUAGAUUAGAGUAUGCUACUUAAGGAUUUGCAAGAUAGGCUAAGUGCUGUUGUGAUUAAUCAAAUUAAGUGUAGGGAUUUAGCAAUUUGGUAAAUGUUCUCGUUUUCUGUAGCAAGUUUCACAUUCUGGAUCUUUCCUAGCACUCUGAAACUUGUGUUUCAAAUAGUGUAAGGGAAUUUAAAUCCACAGAAAUUGUUUUCAUACAGUUUUAAAUGGAAAUAUUCAAUCUGGUUUUCACAAUUGUUUUUGGAACACCUAUAUUGACCUGACUGUAUCCCUUUAGAGUAACCUUAUCUUUUCUUAUUCUCAUUGUAAUAUAUGGAAAGGAAGAUUAGAAAUAUAGAAAAAAAGUAAUUAUUUUUGUACUGGACUUUGGUAUAAAGUAGAAUAAAUAAAUAAAGUACUGUUAUUCCUUUUUUAGAGGGAUGAUUUUUA